AUGGCGAUAGAUACUUCGCCUGUUGGAUUACUCUCGAAUUUGACAUCUGCACUCAACUUAGCGAGAUCAGCCAUUCCCUCCGACUCAUCUACCAGCAGUGAUGGUAUCUCAUUACUCGAUGUGAAAAACGAUCUCCUCCUCUCGUACCUGCAGAAUCUUGCCUUUCUCGUCAUUAUACGCCUGCGCCAUGAUCCGAGCGACGAUAGAGUUCGGAACGAGGUGAUCAAGAAACUGGUAGAGGUCCGAGUUUACUUGGAAAGAGGCGUGCGACCGUUAGAAGGCAAACUCAAAUAUCAGAUCGACAAAGUCGUCCGUGCUGCCGACGAGGCAGCCCGAAGGCAGGCCACUCAGCAGUCUUCCACUACCUCCGGCGCUACGAAACCAUCAGCAGGCAGAGCAAAUCGUGGCUCUGACUCUGAAGAGUCGGAAGACGAAGUGUCCGCGGUUGUUGAGGCAGAUCAGCCAGUCCAUGAGCCAUCUGUCGGGCCUAGAGCCGCAGCGCUCCUGCGCAAUGCAUCUCUACCGUUGACCACAACCCAAUCGGCUCUCAAGACUCGCUCUGGCGAACCAGCAGCGACGGGCGCAUACAGGCCGCCGCGCAUAAAUCCUACCACCAUGCCUGAGCCGGCAAGUGUCCGAGACCGUGACGAGAAGCCUAGCCGCAAACGCAGAUCGCAACUACUUGACGAAUACAUUGACGAAGAGGUUUCUUCCGCACCACAGGCGCAGCCAUCAAUCGGCUCCGGUGGUACGAUUCUACAGCAAGGGCGUGGGGCCAUGUCAACACGUGACAGGGAAAAGGAGCGGGAGAGGACAGCAUACGAAGAACGAAACUUCACGCGACUCCCCGCUUUGAGUAAAGCAGAGCGGAAGAAAGAGAAGGCCAAGUCGCAGCGAGACUCUCGAGAGGUGUUUGGUGGGGAAGAUUGGACUGGAUUGGGUGGGCUUGGUGAUCGGAUCAACAGGACCGUUGCGUCUGGGAGAGGUAGGAGUGAAGGAUUGUUUGAUCGUAGAGACAAGCGGAAACGUGACACGAUUGAUGGGCCACGAGGGGAUGGUACGAUCAAUGGUGGUGGCAUUGGUGAGACUUUCGAGAAGCGCAGAAAAGUCUUGCAACAGAGGGCAGAGAAGAAGAUGAGGCGAAAAGGUUGA